AUGUCCAUUAUCAGAUCUGAUAUUAACAAUGCUGUUGAUGUUCUAACAAAAUUACCUGAUCCCAUCCCUAAAAAUACCAAUAUUGCCACUUUUCAACAUCCAAUUUUGAUUGGUUCUCAAGCUGCAAGAUAUCAUUUUCCUAGCUUUCAGAAUCCAAUUGACUGGAAUAUAAUUGCCACUCCAUCACAAGCUAUUAACUGGUUAAAUUCAUUGAAAACCAAACAUAAGACUGAAACAAAAAUGGUUUAUUACAAAAACAUUUGUAUCAAAAUUCAAUUAAAAUGCACUAUUAAUAAUGUGAAAGGCAUUGAAGAUAUUUACAACUACAAUAUAGAAGUUGUCAUUGGUCCUCAUGACAUGAAAGAAAUACUCAAUCAAGAAAUUGAGUUCUGUAAUCACAAUUCCAGCAGUAAAAUGAUUAUGGAUAUUUGUUGUGAUGAUAAAGUUAUCAGAAACAUUGCAUUUCUUCCACCAACAAACCUUGUCUGUUCAGUAGCUUCUUUAGAAGUUCUUGAAGCACUAGAAUCAUCACAUAUCAUUUGGCCUUAUUAUUUUGACAAACACAUAAAUGAUCUACACUCUUUGAGAAUAUUAUUAGGUUGCAGUGACACCAAUAUGCCAAAGUCACAACCAUUAACAGGUCCAUCAAGGAGUCUUGAUGUUGAAACAAUGCUGAAAUCACACAUAAAUGAAAUGGAAAAAAUUUAUGGAGUUCCUAAAGCCAUGGUACUUUCGUUAGAAAGAUAUCUUAUUACACAACUUGCAUCAUCACAAGAAAAUGCAUACAAAUUGAGUCUAUCUUACAUUUGCACCAUAUCAACUAAAAAUUGUCUUUGUCAAUUUGUCAUAGACAAUUAUCCACACCUAAUAAGGUGUGACAAAGAUCUGAUGUCAAUUGCACAACAAAUAAUUGAUGAAAAAAACCCAUCAAACAAUACAAUAGUUGGGUAUUCCACAUUAACUUCACCUUGCUCAAUUUCUACAACUUCUCAAACCUUCUUGACAAAUUUUUUCUCAAAUAAAAUGAUUUCCAGGUCUUCAUCAUAUGGUCCCAUGGAUAAUUACAUAGUUUGGCCUUUAUCUACAAAUGAUCAAAAAAAAUUUAAUGUCUUAUUACUUAGACUUACAAUUUCUUGUGGAUGGGUUAAUAAACCAGAAGCCAAAGAAUUUUUCAAUUUUUUAAAUCCUUCUCUCAAAUUACCUUAUCAUUGUGUUCUUGUGAUAACAAAAUUUAUAAAACAUGAUGAUAUACACGAACUUAUUAAAUAUGGUGAAAGACUGACUUGUGUAGAUUUGAAACUCGAUCAAAAGUCUCUUUUUCAACAAAUUUCAUAUGAAACACAAUUGAGAUGUGUAAAAGAAGAAGCCAUUGUCCUUUCGUUAGAAAGAUAUCUUAUUACACAACUUGCAUUAUCACAAGAAAAUGCAUACAAAUUGAGUCUAUCUUACAUUUGCACCAUAUCAACUAAAAAUUGGCUUCGUCAAUUUGUCAUAGACUAUUAUCCACGCCUAAUAAGAUUAUGUUUUACUUAG